UGUAUGAACCACUUCCGCUUUUCAACACGUGUUGCAAUCACAACACAACAGUCAAAACAGAGAAGUGAUGACGCCAGCUGAUUAACACUAUGCCCAAAAACAAAGGUGGUGGCGGAGGAAAAGCUGGAGGAGGUGCAAAAGCUGGGGGAGGGGCUAAAGGGGGAGGAGGUGCCAAAGGGGGGUCGAAAGGAGCUGAAGGAGGUGCCAAAGAAGCGAAAGCAGCGAAAGGAGGCACUGCUGUCAAGGUGCGUCACAUUCUGUGUGAGAAGCAGUCCAAAGCUCUUGAGGCCAUCGAGAAGAUUAAAAGUGGAAUGAAGUUCAGUGAAGUUGCGGCUCAAUACAGUGAAGACAAGGCGAGAUCAGGGGGCGACCUGGGCUGGAUGACCCGGGGUUCCAUGGUUGGACCGUUCCAGGAAGCUGCCUUUGAACUCCCCAACAGCACCGUGGACAAACCCAACUACACCGACCCUCCAAUCAAAACCAAGCACGGUUAUCAUGUGAUCAUGGUGGAGGGGAAGAAGUGACCGUGUUGCCCUAAAUGUUGAGGCAUAUUCUUCACUGACAUCAUUUCAUCACAGCGAUAUAAACCGUUGUUCCACUACAAGUCGACUAUUUCUCAUAGGAAUAUAUGUUUUAAUUGGAAAGGUUAUUUGAUCGACAAAUGACACUGUGAAAUAGGGUUUGUGAAGGAGAAGUAUGAAGAAUUAAUACUUGCAAUGUAUCAGACAACCAGAAAUACAACAAACUGCUUAGAAAUCAGUUCAUGCAGUGUUAGAAAUUGACACUAGUCCUGUAGUCCUUGCCAAGCUGCCCAAUAGUUAAGGUAU